AUGGGAUUUUUGAGUGGUGUUCUCAGUAACAUCAAGGACCAUUUAGGGCAGCAUAACAAUACUUUAAAUGAAGCCAUUAAGUCACUUAACACCAAUAAACACGCCGGUAAAAAAGGUUUUAAUGUUGCGAUUGCGCAGGUGGUCAAAGGGGUGCGGGGGUAUAAUGAUGGUGUUAGAAAAAGUAAUUUGAAAGUAAGGAAACAAAUAGAAAAUUUCGAAAGAGAAAUUAACACGCUAAAAAUGAAGAUAAAUGACAUAAAUGGAAAAAUCGAUACACGUUUUCAUUCAGAAGCCGAGAAGGCAGAAAUGUCUGUUAGAAAUGCGUCGUCAGAGUGUCAACAGUAUGCUGCGACGUUCAAUGAGACUUUCAAUCUGAAUACGAAAACAGAGAUGAAAAACGAUAUUAAUGAUUUGAAUCAUCCGCUGUCACUCAAAGUAAUAAAAGCUGUAGGCUUCGUCAAAGAUGAAAGUGAGAGAUUCAAGAAGUUGUCAGAUAAGGAAAGCAGAGACUUUGAUACUAUGAAGUCUAGGAUCGAGAGUGUCUGUACGGAUCAUGGAAAAAAAGUUAAUGCGCAUAUAUGUAAGGAAGUGACUGAACUUGUCACGAAAUUGCGGAUGUUGGUCCGGGCAAUUUUGGAUGAGCUGAAAACAAUUGAAAAAAGCUUGUUCGAGUAUGUGCAGGAUCUGACUAAAUGGAUUAAGCAGGCAGACGCUGCCGUGGAAGCGGCGUUAGAAAAGGUUCAUAUAAUCAUUACUGCAGUUAGCGAAGACUCUGUCUUCAGCAAUGUCAAGCCGAUUAAGGACGCUGCCCAAGAGCUGUACGACCGAGCAUUCGAGUUAUUCGAUGCUGGGAACAAGGCCAACAAAGCAGCUGACGAGCACGUAAAAGCAGCGCUUGGGAAGGUGAAAGAAAUGGACGGAAAGCUCAAGGAGGAUUUGUGGAAAGUGAAGGAUGCUGUUAGUAGGCAGGUAGGGGAGAUUAAGAAUGCGAUUGGGAAGCUGUAUGAUCAAAUAAAUACAGACAAAUAUAGCAGGGUACUAGAGACAGAAAGAAAAAAAUUCGCAAAUCUCAUCGAUUACAUUAUAAGCCAGGUUAGCGAUAUUAAAGGUACGGCAGGCAUAAGAAGCAGUGGUGGUCUUAAAGGGGCUGUGGACAAGGUGAAUGCGUAUGCCGAUGGAUUUAAGACCAUUUUCGAAAAGAAUGCAGAUGAUGGUACGUUGUAUAAGUGGAUUAAUGCAAGUUUGGUCGGCGGAGCAAUACAAAGGUAUCUUCAACAUUAUGGCAUCGAUGAUAGGAAGACAGUCAUAACGAACAUCAAACAAAGAGUUGUGGAGAUUGCCCAGACGGCAGGUUCUACAGAUAAAGUACCAGCUGCGAAGAAGACGGUGAAAGAAACCUUGGAUAGCAUCAAGGAGUAUCUUACAGCGUUUGCUUCCAAAGUUAAGGAGAAACUGCAAGACCAACAUGAAAUUAAAAAGUUCAUCGAUACGAUAAAAAGUAAUACUAAAAUUUAUUACGAUGACACAGAUCAUCUAACAUCUGCGGUUAGAUUAAUUUUAAUAUUAACAUCAACUGCAGCUUCGAACCUAACCGAUGACCUUGAUAAAUUCAUUCUCGGCAAAUCACCUAACAUCGCAACCAUGCUUCAGAGUGCAUACGAAAAAGCCAACGAUUUUUGCGGCAAGCUUAAUAUUGCAACCGGCAAACAGACUGAUGGCAAACCCGGCACCGACCUGCCUAACCUCGCCAAAGCCGUGGACUCCGCAAUCGAGCAGGUGAAGGCUACGGUUGAUGGUAGGUUGAAAGGUGAUACAGCUGAGUCGCUCACACUUGAUUCAAAGACAACGUUCAAUCAAUAUAAUAGUUUCGUCGACCAAACGGAAAGCAAACUUAACGCCCUCACCUCCGCUGACUUCAACACCAUUAGAGAAGCAGGCACCCUCCCCCAGGCGAUCGGUGCCAUUCAGAGGGGAGUGGAGGAGGCGUUGUCGCAAAUCGGAGUAAUUAAUGGCAAGGUCCAAACACAGUUCAAUACAUUAACAUCAAAUUUUCAAAACCUUUGUGAAGCCGUCAUGAACGCGGCGAGAGAUGAUAAGGAUAGCGCUAAGACAAACUUGGAAAAGUUGAAAAAUACCUACUUUAAGCAUUACGACAUUAAGAAAAAGGAUGCAGAAGAUAGCAUAAAGAAAAUCAAGCAUGACCUUGAAACAUUGCGAGCAGGUCCGGUGACUCGAGCCUUGACUUUUGGCGAGCAGUUCCUCAAACCUGAAGCAGAUAAAUUGCGCGACGAAACCACCGAAAAACUUAAACAGCAAAUCGACGACGAAGUAGCGAAAGCGAAAAAGGAGCUCACAACACGAGCCCGGAUAGAUUACGUUUCCACUAUGAAGAUGCUACUCUUGCAAUAUGAGGACAGGGUCGCUAAGGAACUCACUGGCAUUCCGCAGGAAAUUAGCGACGACCUGAUUACGGGCUUCAAGGGUUUCAUGGGAACGUUUGCUGGUGAAAAUGGCAGAACAGUUUCCGAUGUCAAUAUAGAGAAGCUUAAAAGUGUUGCAACAACCAUAUCCUCGACUAAGUACGAUCCCAAGCAUUUCACAGAUUUGGCCAAGCAGUUCCAGUCGUUCUGGCAGCCACUCAACACGUACCUCAAAAAAGAGACCAAACGCGUUCACGCAGCGAAUAACGAGAAAACCAAUCCCAAGCCGUCCGGCGACGAAACGCUCUACACUUCCAAAAUUGAUUCCGUAAGUAACGAACUUAACCGCUUACUCAACCAUCUUUGUGAACAUAAUAGGUACGACUACCGUGUUCCCAGUAUGCUCGACAUUCUAGUAAGAGAAGUUCAUGGUCUCCACCCUGAGUCAUUUUCUGAGCCGAACACUCCGCUGCUGGAAACCAUUGCCCAUGGUUUCCGGGGUCUGGUAGGUGAACUUGGAAAGGCGUACAUCUCCGUCUACGACAGUGAGACCUUUGGCGGUGAGAUGUUCGAAAAGCAGAAAUUAACAGCGUAUGGCACAAAAUUCGCCAAAAUAUGCCUCACCGUGGUUUGCACCCUAAAGGCCACUUUGACCGACUUGACGCACAAUUGCAAGAGUCUACGUGGGCAGCAAAUUAAUAAGUCCACCGACGUGGGAAAAUCAUUUGUCGGCCACGGCUACGCGGUCUCCGAUGCGGCGCUGCAGAACGGUGAGUUGCAAAACAGACCGACAGUGGCGGGGGAGAACGUUGCCAAGCGACUGCUGCUACCAAUUAGUGGCGCCGACGGCAACCAACACCUUAAAUGGUGCAAAUCGAACGAGCGAAGAAAAGCCGACCACUUCCACGUGUUCGACGCCGUUGACUGCAUAUUCAGUCACUUCGAGCAGUACAACGAACUGUGCCACCUGCUCACGGCCUCAGCGAAGCAGCAUCCGUGCUCCGUGUACGACAUAUUGAUCUGGCUCAGCGGUUUCCCGUACACUGCCGUAUAUGCUACGAUGCGUGAUAUCACCAUCAGUGACCUAUUUGACAACCCGCAUAAGAAGGCGGCCGGCGACGACGAACUUGAGCUCACAUCGACUGACAUGGCAGCCCAAUCCAUAACAGCGCACCCCCGAAACAUAUCGUAUAACUACGUACGUAAAGCCGUGGACCACAUCUGUGCAACGUCGUAUGACGUAUUGACUGCCGUCGUCGGCACUGGCGACUCCAGGACCGUCUACGCCUCCGACUUCUGCAACAACUCAUUUAAUUUCCAUUACCCAUCGGAUCCGUCGGACUGCCUGGACAUGCUGCUGGACCUGCUGCGCCGAUUGUUGCCCGUGUUCCGGUUCCUGGAACUGCAGUGUAACAUCACGCCCGAACACCACGGCUGGUCACACUGCCGCUACGGGAGGGACAUCCCUACAACCAAAUCGCAGUGUAACGAGCACUCAAGCGAGGAAGCAAGCGGACAAGCAAAGUGCCAAGUAAACUGCCAACCAACGUCCCCGCUUAUGUUAUAUCUGAGUGACAGCCUCCCUGGCCACUUACCGCACCAACUGCAGUCGGUUGGAUGCAGGGCGAAAUGCAGCACCUGCUCCAAGAGCGCUCCAGGGCAACCGUGCCUGCUUCCUCUCGGAUUCAAGGGCUUCUCGGGCAGCACCAAAACGGGCAGACAGUUGCGUGACGCAAUCAAGACCUUCCUCGGCACAGGCUUAAUAUCCUCACUGAUGUGCCUUCUGCCCAAGCCACCAUCGACGCUGCCCGAGCACUUCCAGUUUGUAUUUACCUUGGUUGGUGCGUUUAAUGCUAGCAGAGAUGGCAACUCAAAUGCCGUCAAUGCUGCGUUUGUGAAGGCAAUAAGGAAGCAGUCCAUCGACUUGUAUGCGGAGCCAUCACAACUCACAGGCGCGCUUAGUGACGCUUACAAAAACGGCCAAAGUCAUGAGGGUAGAAAUCAUCCGAGACCUACGGAGGCCGACUUGUCGAGUCUCUCGAAAACAGAGUCCUGCAAAUACGCUAGUACUGACGACGUUCACUGCGCUCCGUACCUGUCCACGUUGUACAGCGAUGCAUACCACUACGCUGCCGAGAAGCACGCCGGUCUCUACCUGUCAUGGGCAGUGUACUUACCGUGGUCGUUCUGGCAGUGUCUUGAAUCUUUGUUCAGGGCGUUUACCAACAUAUCCUGCCAGGAUUGGGGAUGUCGUCGCUGUACGCAUGGCACAGCUUGCAAACGGGGUAAGCAUGGCGCUGCCUAUAAUUGCCAGUGCAAAGGCCUCGUUGAAUGCCGCGGUGUCAUAAGCACGUUGUAUAGUUUCGGAUUCACGUUCGGCAAUCCAGCAACGCUUUCAGCUGCAGAGGGGAAAAGGUAUUGCCACAAUUUCUACAAACAACUUCACAAUGUAUUAAAUUCCAGCUACUUCAGAAAGCUGUUCGAAAAGUGCGACGAAUUCAUCUUCACCAUCAGAGAGCCGUUUAUAUGGCUCAACGUCGCACUUUGGUCACUAUCACUCUUCUACCUCAUCUGCGUAAUGGUUGGCAGACUGGAUGUGCUCCACAUACGCUCACAUCUGCGAACACCGUCGUCGCACAGGAUAACGGCGCAGUCAUUAUUGGCUGCGGCGCAAGUCGGAAGUCUUGCAAAGAUAUCGUAUCUACAGCCUUAA